AUGGCUGGUGUUGAGGUUGAGAAAAUAGUGUCAAAGACCGAAGAGAAAAUCGCGACCGAGCCAACGGCUAAUGAAACCGUUCAUACAGAUCACUCGGCCACGGUGGUUGAAGUUGAAAUCAAAGAAGAUGAAGCACCAGAAGUAAAGAAAGAAAUUGAAAAAACCGAGAUAACCCCGGUUAAGGAGGAGAAACUGGUUGAAAUUCCGGCAGCCGUGGAGGAGAAAGAGGUUAAACCGGCAGCAGAAGAGAAGGCUGUUGAAGUCAAGACAGUGUAA